UGCAGGCAUUGUUUGUGUUUUGUUUUGCAAUGGUUUCGAGAUUUGCGGGAAAUUCCUUGAAUAAAUGACGGUCCAGAAUGCCAAACAGCUCCAAAAAGUCAGAGCCCUCUCGGAGCAACAGUUCCACGCCGAGGAGGGCGCGAAAACGCCGCCGCCUGGAACGACAGAGCCUUGACUCGCAAGUGGAUGAGGAUGUUAAAGAUUUGGACCGGCGGCUAAGAAAGGUGGCCCGGGAGAACUGCAUCAGCAGCGAGGACAUGCACAAGGUAGUACGAAGUGUGGUCCGCAAUGACCAUGUCUUGGCACUGGUUACCUUAAAGGCAGAGGAUGAGCUGGCGCGGCAGAAAUCCUUGGAGUCACCGGAACAGCAAAAACGUGGUGCCAUCAUCAUUACGGAUACCCCAUCGGUAGCUAAGCUCACUCGUGCCAAGGCAAGGGAGCUGAACUGCACUCCCGGUAUUUCACUGCCUCAACUGAAUGAUACUCCUGCGGAUAACAAUGGAAUUGAAGCACUGAUCCGGGAAGAGUUGCAAUCAGACGAGGAGGAUGAGGAGUACACGUUCAAGGAAGAUGAUUUCCAUUCCGAUGAUGAUCCAAGUACAGCAGCUUCGGAUUUCGACUCAAAUCCUUGUACACCCCAAACUCCACUCACUGCAGCUGAAGAGUCUCCGGUUAAGUUGUCGGAAGAUGGUUGCUUUAAGGUUCCCUUCGAUAAGAAUCUGGCUAACAAGGACGAUUUACGGAUAGCAACCAGAACACGCUCGAAACUCUGCCUGCAACAGACCACCAUCGAGGAUUUGCAGUCUGAGUUCGUACCGCCCGAUUUAGAGCCCAGCGAUGUGAUUGAGCCGGAGAUAACCGCCACUGAUGCCGACUGGAUGCAGUUUCUGAAUGAUUUCACAAAGCCUAUGAACAAUAGCUUCCUUUGCGAUGACGAUGAUCCCAUCAAUGAUCCCGAGUAUGUGGCGGCUGAUAAUAUGGACGCCGAGUACGAUAAUGCCGAGGAACUUCGCGAUGCCAAUAUAUCCAAGAAGGAGCUUACUGACUUAGUUUCAGAACUGUUUGCUGGUUUGCUGCAGGAGGGAGUAUCCCUUGAAUCGGUCGAGCUGGAAACUCCCCAGAAGUUUAUCGAAAGCGCUAAUGUUACGGCAGAUCCCAUCGAACAAGUGACCCGCCAGAUUGACUUUGAUACCCAGAUGGUACAAAAUGAUCAGGAAAUAGAUGUAUUUCAAUCCAGUAUGGUUUCAGGUCAAUGUGAGGCAAAUACUACCUUUAUGCCCGUUCCACUGGUCGUAGUGCAAGAGGGAGCCCUGGAAAAGAGUCCGGGAGGAACGCCCUGUAAGAUGGUGAAUAUCCCAACAGAUGUUCUGAGCCAACCUCCAGAACUGAUUGCGGUUCCAGUCCCAGGGCAACCGAAUUGCUUCCAGUUGGCCAAAGUGAUUCCCAAUGAGCCCGAAGUGUACAAUCCACCACUGGUGAACGAUUACGCCUGCCCCGAACCAGUGGAUAACGAGCCAAUUCCCAAUGAAACCAAAGUUACUAAUGAUCGUUACACCAAACCCUAUGAUACCAACUUUACCUGGGAGUACAUUUCCGUUAAAAAGCAUGUUUACUCUGAGUAUGAUACCAAAUUUGAAAAUCUCCGUAAUGAGGAGCCAUCCAACUAUAAUAGCCUCGCAAGAUUUAAGGGAUUCACCAAACCCCAGUACGAUAUGAUGCAACAGCAGCUACGCAUUCACACCCAGAUGCUAGCCCAGAGUUAUCUGCAGACAUACUCCCAUCCAACACUGUAUCCAUUAGCCAAUAAGCCCAGGGAAAUGCUGGAGGACCUCCACCAAAGAGCAAGCCGAAAUGCGACUUUCAAUUGCUGGAAUCUGCAAGGUGCGGUUGAUUUGGCAAGGAAAUGGGAGCACGAUCUGUGUAGUGACGAGUACGAAGAGGAAAACAAGAAGAUGAUGGAGUUUAUAAACAAGGAAACCGAUUUAACGGACGGCCAUACACGACAAGUUCCGCGAUUGGCUCCUCGCAUAAUGGAUCUCAUGCUGGAUAGCAAGGUCUUCAUGUAUCCCCAGUAUUUGCCACGCAUGGCGUUCCAACCAAAACUGAAUCCCAUUCCUGUAUAUGCACCUUCGGAAUAUCAGCUUAUAGCCAUAGGUCUGGAAAAGCACAUGCCGGCUAUUAGAAAUUCUUCAAAACCGCUACGGAAACGAGCAGAUCCUCUUCGGCUGGCCUGUAGACGAAUGGCCAAGGAUACAAUUCACGGAAAAUCACCCCGGAGAAUUUUUAUGAAGAUAUCGGAGCUCCGCGAGUCGAAGCAGUAUAAUCCUAUUAAGUAUUAUUUUGAUCGAGAUCGUGCCCCGCCCAUCAGCCAAAUCCUUUUUGGCUUCUAUAACGGAAUAGUGAAGAUACCCAGGGAUCGCUUUCCGGAGCUGCCCAGUGGCUGGCAAUACUUCAUUGAGAAUUCUUGGGAUACAAUCAAUACUCGACGACCUUCAAAAGCAGUCAAAGCUUCAUCCGACGCCGGUAUCUCGUAUUUGGAGUUUGUGCGUGAGGCUGUGGGCGAGGAUUUGUUUCUGCCCGAUAGCUUUGGUCAGGCUGCUGUUCCAGAUGGCAGCGCCGCUGGUUCGGAACCCAUUAAGGAUCGCAAGCCGAAGAAGAAACCAUCGAAAAGGAUACCUCGCCCAGCGAAGGAGAAUGCUCUGCUGACAAUUAAUGUAAACUAUGUCUUUGGCGGUGAAUCCAGUCCAGGAAAUUGUUUAGCAGCAUCUGGGGUUUCAGUGCCUUUACUACCCGACGGGAGCUACACAGACAUUGUGCGGAAUAUCAAUCGAACCUUGAAUACCACUGAACAGUGCAACGAUAUCUUGGCGUUGCCGCCAAUUCCUCCUCCAUUAGCCGACGACGCGCCUUGUGCAAUAAAUUAUAGAUUGGACGAGCUCACAAAUACGCUGCAAAUAAGCGAAUGCGAAGCCACCACCGAAGCCGGUACACAGCAGGACCUGUGCCCUGUUCGGGAGCUAAGCCGAUCUUUUUCAGGCAAGAGUUGUAAACGGCCUCGUUACCAAAUCUUUAAGCCAAAGGUAAACCCAACGAUAAAAUGCAAAAACGGAUCAACACCAUCGCGCGGUCGCUACCACAAAUUAUUUGGGCGUUUGCGCCAUAACCUGCGAAAUCGGUGUCAGUCAUUAAUCACGUCCUACGGGUCCUACCUGAGUAAGCGAAGAGAGCUCUAUAUAAAGUGCGAAGUGAUACAGCUCGUACACAGACAAUUUCUGGCCCUCGACCUCUACACCGAACUGCUAACAGAUUUGAAGAUGUUCUGCAGCACCAAUGCCAACGUUACCACUGCCGCUGCUGCAGCUCCCGCCACCACUACCACGAAAACAGCCACGCAGCCAAAGAGAACGAAGGCUGAUGAUGAGGCGGCACGUGUUAGAAAGGCCAUUAGGGAGGAGGAGAUGCUGCGCCAAAUGCUGAGACCAGACACACCCGAAGAGCGAAAUCGAAAAGAUGCCAUAUUUGCUUUGAAUUUCUACGACAAAGUGGAGGAGACUCUGCUGAAGGCUGAUCGUGUGGAAGAUUGCAGGAAGUUCAACAGUUUGUUGAAAACCUUCGAUCCACACAAGGAUAAAGUCUCGGAACUAUAUUUGAAAGUGGAAAAAAUUCUCAUGCCCGACCACCCAGAACUAGCGGAGAUGUUUCUUAAUUUUUUGGUACCUGCCGAGGCUGCUGAAAUUGGCAAAUUCUUUGAGCACUUCAUGAUAACCAAUGCCACAAACUUCAUUAACAAAUUGAACGUCUACUUCAGCAAGCAGCCAGCGCAGAUCAGAAAGAUAUAUGCAUGCCUAAGCGAAUUGGCCGAGUUGCCCAAUGUGAGCAUGAAAAAGGUUGAGAACAAGAUAAUGCCCUUGCUCAAGGGCAAUAAGUUUCUGUGCGACUGGUUUGUGCAACAAUUUCCGCAGGGAAAACCUCCGAAACGAAUAUUAUCUCCAGUGGAGACUAUAAAUCUUCUUGAGGUGCAAAACAACACUACCGGCGAAUACACAGAGACGAUUCAAGAAUUCUUGGAUGUUCCAGCGCCUAGUAAACCCAGCUGCCACUUACGGUACAUAAAUGGUCGAAUUUUCUAUGGUUCCAAGAUGCUUCUGCCCGCCAAGUUGUCCUUUAUGGCUGCCAGUAUUUAUAAUGAGCAAUCAGGCGACGUUCCACUGGCUUCCGCGGAACCUUUAACCUGUGCGCAUGCAAUUCGAACACAGGGCGAGAAACUAAUCAGUCUGGCAUCCAAUGUGGACAGCGAUGAUGCCACCGAUCGCAGUGAGGAGGACGAUGCCAGCCGUGCUUUGGUCAUAGAUACAACAGGGGACGAACAAAACAGCUGCUCCUCCAUUGAGAUGUGCGAUGAUGUAGGCUUCCGGGCCCAUGCAAUUCGCUUGAAUGCUGGCUUAUACUCCAACUCCAGUUUUAGUAAUGCUGCCACUAGUACUCCAAAUGUAGGGAGCUCUCACGCUCAUCAUCACCCGCAUGCUAAGAAAACAGCCAUCAACUUUGGAGAAGUGUCUCCGCGGAAGCAAUCGGCUUUUAAUAACUCCGGCUUAAGUCCCUUGGCAGCCAACACGUCACCUCAUGUGGAUAAACGAAAAUCCCCCAGUAAAAAGGUGCGAUCACCUCAGAAUCAAAACCAAGGCAGGCAGCGGGGCUCUAACCACCCAAUGGUAGUGAUUCACGAAUCUCAACCGUCGUCUUCGCCGGCUAUCGAAUGUGCCAAACGCUUACGCACUCUGAUAGACCAGGAAAGUGUCCGGGAUGCGACGGAUACCAAGGCGGGAAUUCGAAUCAUUGCACAGGCCAAACAGAAAACCCCAACGCCACCCUCGAUUGCCAAAGUAGAGGUGGAAAGCCGGGAGGGAAGUAGAGAAAGUAUUUCAUUACUGACACCGAUUAAAAUGGAUCUGGAUCAAUCUGAGGAUGAAAUGGAGCCAUUGCACAUGAGCGCCGGAGGAACACCGCAGCAUGUGAUAACCACACAAUUUGAUAGUGAUGAAGAUUGCAAGCUAGACGUGGUUGCAUCACUGGCCAGUGGCAGUAGUUCAGAAGUUCGUGGCCCGGUAGCUCUAGAACCCGCAACGCCCAGUACAUCGUCAAAAUCCCAGAGUAGCAGUUUUGUUUCAGCUCCCUGGACUCGGGAGGAAGACAAAGUGAUUCUAAUCGAAAUGAAAUUGGGUGCGAAGGAUCGGGAGAAACUUAUUAAACGGAUGAGCGCCAAGCUCAAAAAUCGUACUAUAGAAGAGUUGCGUGGAAGGCAUCAGUUCCUUAUGGAUUUCUUGUCCAAGCUUCAGGGGAAGUAGAUGACUAUGCCUGUUUCAUAAACUGUAGAAACCUAUUUAAUUUAAGCCUGAAUAGAAUAUUAUAAAGUAUUUCUUGGAGCGUAUGAAUGAAUGCUGAAAUUUAGAAUGCAGAAGUGUAUUUGAUAAUCGAUCAAUAUAAUGUAUAGAAUUUUAUUUUAAGAUUAAAAGUAAUAGUUAAAGUUAAGCAAAACGUCAACUAUUUUUCAAAAACUGUACAUACGCAUAAAAAGUAAACAUUGAAAAGUUGUUUUGUCAAA